AUGUCUACUAGCAAUACUAUCACUGUCAAAGGACUUGGCCCUACCAUCACAGAGGCACAAAUUAGCGACUUUUUCACAUUCUGUGGCAAAGUUAACAAUGUUUCGUUGACUCCUUCUGCCGAUGGGCAAAGCAAGACAGCCACUGUCGAGUUUGCUCGUCCUGCUGCUAUUAAGACAGCCAUUCUUCUAACCGAUUCCGAGUUGGCUGGAAACAGAGUCACUGUUGAGGCAUCUUCUGAUGCACUUGCUGCUGCUGAAAAGGAUUCAUUGGCUCAUGAGACUGAAUCGACUACUCCUAAUCAUGGUGAGGACAUUAGUCAAGAAUACAAGCCCCGUGCUGUAAUUCUUGCGGAGUACCUGAGUCACGGAUAUGUUUUGGGAGACAAGGUGGUUUCACACGGUCUUGAACUCGACCAAAAGCACGGUAUCUCCAGCAAAUUCACCUCGUUUGUCACUGAUUUGGAUAAGAAGUAUCACAUUCAGGACAAGGCGGAGGCUACUGAUAAGGCUUAUGGUAUUUCCGACUCGUUCUGGCAUGGACAUGCCAAGUUGUCCAAGUACCUCGACAAUGCUCUUAGCACCCCCACCGGCUCUAAAGUCCGUUCUUACUACUCGGACAUUGUCAAGAACGCUUCUGACGUCCAUGCCGAGGCCCGUCGUUUAGCCGAUCUGAAGAAGCAGCAAGAAGAGGCUGGAAACUCUGCCACCUCCACCUCCACCACCGCUGCUAAUUCUGCUGCCGCUCCUGCUCCCACCACAUCCACCGCUCCUCCAGCCUACGAAAAAUCCUAA